ACAGACCUUUACAGAAGAUGUGGUUAUUUCCUGUUAUGCUUAUAUGUAGCAGCACACGGUAUGAAGUAGGUUUAGUUUUGCUGAUAAAGCCAUGAUGUCAAAACUGACUAUAACUUUGUACUUUACUGCUGUUUUGGUUGUCUACAACAUUCAAGGAGCAGACUCUGAGAAGAAGAAAGGUUUUGAAACGAUGAAAAAGGGGGAAAACUUUACAAUGAAAUGCAAUACAAUGGACAAGCAAACAGAUACUUUAAAUAUAUAUUCAAGACUCCCUAGCAAGCAUAUAGUGCUGGCCUAUGACAUACAAAGGAACGUCUGUACUUUUGGUCCAGAAUACAAAAAAAGAAUGACAAUCAGUGGCACUGCAAAAAAACUAACUGUGACAAUUACAGACAUGCAGACAAAUGAUUCUGGACUUUACAUAGGCCACUAUACAAAAUUUGAUAUAACAAAAGGUGUAGAAGAAGGAGAAGAAGGCUGCAGCAGUCUCCUGUUUGUGAAUGAUGUGGAUAAGACCGUACCCUCUGAAAAAUCAACUAGUAAUAUGUCAACUGCUAUUUCUGAGCCACUGGUGCUGGUCUUUGCCCUGAUUGCAUGCACUAUAUUUUUGGUUUGUUUCCUGAUGAUGUGGAUGUGUGUACCCAAGAUAAAGGCCAAAUGUGUGAAGCAAGAUGCAGAGACUUCAAGGGAAUAUAGCCCAGUCUAUGAGGAUAUGCACAGGGUGCAAAAUAGAUAAGAUGCUAUUUUUUGCCUAUUUGUUUAAAAAAAAUAUAUAUAGAUAUAUAUAUAUAGAUAUAUACAUUACAAUAUAUACAUUACUCAAUAAUGUUUCUCUUAAAUGUAUUAAAUAUUAUCAGUGCAGUAAAAUUCUCAGAUUGUAUUAUGUAUUCAAUUCAAUUCAUUGUUAUGCAAUUUUUAUGAUAUUUGCAAUAUUUUACCUAAAAUAAAAUGUGGAAUUGCA